CUUGAAACCUCCGCAACGUCGCAGCGGGCGCGCCCACUAGUCACUCGCACGCCCUACACCCCAAGACAGAGCACGAGGCCCCGCCCACAUCCAUUCACAUUAUCGUCGUUCAUAUGAAUCAUAUAUGUGAAUAUAGUUCAGCACAAAUACUGCAAAUUGUAUAUAUCUGUAAAACGUACACUUUAUAUAGUCCCGAGGGUACUAAAAAAACAUUACGUGCAUUUAUAUUAGGGGUUGCUAAUUUUUCAAGAAAAAGUGUUAUUACACCCAACUCAAGCACGUUGAUGUUGACAAUACACUGUACAAUACAACUCAAGAACGAUGAUGUAAUACAGUGUCUAUAGUACAGUGUAGAUAAGCCUAGUGCUGGUUGUUAUUUUAAUAGUAGUCUAACUAAACUAGGUUGUUUGGGAACCUUUCUGUCGGAGCAUUUGUUCCAUCGGACUGUUUUUGUGAAACACCGGAGCGGCUCUGCGGCGGCCUUUUUGAUUUUAGAGCUGUUCAGCGUUGGUAUUAGAAAUAACAUGUUUACAGUUAGCAGAGUAAAUAUUGAGAUGUGCAGCUUAGAUUGCUUUGUUCCGUUCUAUACUGGUAAUACACAUUGUUAAAUCGAGUUUAUAAAUCCGUGUCUAAUAUGAAACUGAUGUCAUGAUAUUUAACAUACAUCUACUCGGGGGUUUAUCAAAAACAGCAGCAAUCGCACUUCUUCGUUAUGAGCACAUUAGGUCCUCCUCCGAAAAGGAAAAGCUACAUGGGACAGCACCAGAUCAAGAAGAACAAAGGCUUCCAGGGUGAUGAUGAUGAGGCCCCACAAGCAGAUGUCCUGUUUCAGAAAAGCUGUUAUCUGUCAGAUAAAACAAACAGAUCACAAAACACCAACAGAAACAGACCAAUGGGUGGAGGAGCAGUGUUUCCACUGGGAGAAUCCACAUUAGCUCUUGAUAACGAGAUGUUACAGGUGUUAGAUUCUGUUGAACCUGUGAAGCCUGCAACUCACAAUGUUGGUCCAGCACCCACAAACAUAUAUGCACAGGAAGAGCCAGCAUCAUCAGCUGCUCCUUCACCAUGCCUUGCACUAAUUGCACAUAGUGAGAGGGACGUACCAGCUUUCCAAACUACACUCCAGAGAUCGGACAGAGCCCACACGACAGAGGGGAGAAUCUGUGGGCGUGUUACUGACUGUAAGAAACCAGGGUGGACAGCUGACUGCAAAGAUCUUGCACAGAAACUUCUCUUCAACGAAGACCCGGAGGAAGCAGAGCAUGUUCAGAGAGACCCAGGAAAUGGCCAAGCAGUGCCUGCUUGUGCCUACAUCAGUGUUCCAACUUGUCAAGAAUUAAAAAACAACAAUCAAGCACAAAUUUCUAACAAGCAGAAUGCAUUAUCAAGAAGAACAAGCCCUUCUCUCAGCAAUGAGGAAAGAAAGUUAAAUAGAAAUUUCUUUCCACCUCUUGAUGUAUCCAAAGACUACAUCUUGUUCAACACCACGCAGUUGGCAGCUGCCAUGAGGAAGGCCCAACUCCAGCAGUCACUACAGAACCACUCUGCCUCUGUGCUCACGGUUCCCAGUGGGUUAGAGCUCAGUACUCUUAGUGAAACCUUACCUCAACCAGGAACUGCCUUGUGUGCACCAACAGACCAAACUGAAAAGCUGCUCUUAUCCAGUUGGGGUUUGCCAAAAGCUGUGCUAGAAUGCUACCAGAAGCAUGGAGUGACUCACAUGUUUGAGUGGCAGGCUCAGUGCCUCACCGUUGGGCAGGUGUUGCAGGGAGGUAACCUUGUGUACUCUGCCCCCACUAGUGCUGGGAAAACCCUGGUAUCGGAGCUCCUGAUGUUGAAGCGUGUGUUAGAGACCAAAAGAAAAGCCCUUUUCAUUUUGCCAUUUGUAUCUGUGGCUAAAGAGAAGAUGCACUACCUUCAGAGCAUAUUUGAGGAGGCAGGAGUGCGUGUAGAGGGAUAUAUGGGCAGCACGUCAGCUGCCGGAGGGUUCACAGCACUGGAUGUAGCUGUUUGCACCAUAGAGAAAGCCAACUCCCUGAUAAACAGACUCAUUGAAGAAGACAGUAUGGGACUACUGGGUAUGGUAGUGGUGGACGAGUUACAUAUGGUUGGAGAUUCUGGAAGAGGAUAUCUGCUAGAACUGCUCCUCACCAAAAUCCGCUACAUUUCCCAGAAGCAGAACAUUACAGGGUCUCUUUCUGAGGGCGUACAGAUCAUAGGUAUGAGUGCCACCUUGCCCAACCUCUCGCUCCUCGCCAGCUGGUUGGGUGCAGAACUCUACCAGACCGACUACAGACCCGUUCCCCUGCAGGAGCAUCUCAAAGUGGGCUGCAGCUUCUUCGACAAGAGCCUGUCUGUGAUCCGGCAGUUCACCCCUGCUCUCAACAUCAAGGGGGAUGAUGACCACAUAGUGAGCUUGUGUUACGAGACGGUGAGGGAAGGCCACUCUGUGCUGCUUUUCUGCCCCUCCAAGAACUGGUGCGAGAAACUGGCAGACGGCAUCGCCAGAGAAUUCUACAACCUGAGACGUAGCGAUCGUCAGGGUCACACUGACGCCCAGCCACUGUGUUUGGAUCACGAGGGACUUGUGAAUGUUAUCGCGCAGCUAAAAAGGACUCCUGCCGGACUGGACCCCGUCCUCCAGAGAACUGUGCCCUGGGGGGUGGCCUUCCACCAUGCAGGUCUGACCUUUGAUGAACGCGACAUGUUGGAGGGAGCGUUCCGUCAGGGCACGGUCAGAGUCCUGGCUGCAACCUCUACCCUCUCAUCUGGGGUCAAUCUCCCGGCUCGGAGGGUCAUCAUUCGAACGCCUACAUUCAACGGACACUUGUUAGACCCGCUCACAUACAAGCAGAUGGCUGGACGAGCAGGAAGAAAGGGAGUUGACACCAAAGGUGAAUGCGUGCUGGUGUGUAAAGAGGUAGAGCGCCAAAAAGGUAUUAGCCUCUUGACUGGUUCUCUUCGGCCAAUCAGCAGCUGCCUGGUGAAAAGGGAAGGAGAAGGUGUCACCACUAGCAUGCUGAGAGCCAUCCUAGAGAUCAUUGUUGGAGGUGUAGCCAGCACCCCACAGGAUGUCAGGUUAUAUGCCGCCUCCUCUCUGCUGGCAGCCAGCAUCAAAUGUGAUGAAAGAAACCAAGACGCCAACAAAGGAGCUAUAGAAGACUGUGUUGAAUGGCUGAUGCAGAAUGAAUUUAUUAGUGUUCAGAAGGACGAGCAAGAGGAGCACUACUGUCCCACUCAACUUGGUGCUGCCACCCUGUCCUCCUCCCUCUCGCCCCCUGAAGCUCUGGGAAUCUUUGCGGAUCUGCAGCGGGCUAUGAAGGGCUUCGUGCUGGAAAACAACCUGCACAUCCUGUAUCUGAUCACACCGCUGUACGCAGAGUGGACCACCAUCGACUGGUAUCAGUUCUUCUGCCUGUGGGAACAGCUCUCGGCAUCGAUGAAGAGAGUGGCAGAGCUGGUGGGCGUCCAGGAAGGUUUCCUGGCUCGUUCUGUUAGCGGCAAACUUGUCGCCAAGACGGAUAAGCAGCGCCGACAGAUGGCAGUUCACAAACGGUUUUUCACCACCCUUGUGCUCCAGGAUCUGGUGAAUGAAAUGCCACUGGCAGCCGUUGCGUCCAGGUACAGCUGUAAUCGUGGGCAGUUGCAGUCUCUCCAGCAGUCUGCUUCUACAUAUGCAGGUAUGGUAACCGUGUUCUGCAGGCGUCUGGGCUGGCACAAUAUGGAGCUGCUUCUGUCUCAAUACCAGACCAGGCUGAGCUUUGGAGUCCAGAGGGAGCUGGUCGACCUGGUCCGGGUUUCCCUAUUGAACGCGACACGAGCCAGAGCACUCUACGCUCAAGGGCUCUGUACCGUUGCUGAGCUAGCCAGGGCGACCGUACCUGAUGUGGAGAAAGCCUUGAGGAAUGCAGUCCCAUUUAAGAGCUCUAAAAGGGCAGUGGAUGAGAGUGAGAUGGAAGCAGCUGAGAGACGGAGCCUUCGGUGUGUCUGGGUAUCAGGUGGACGGGCCCUGACAGAGCAGGAAGCAGCUGUUGAAAUAGUAUCGGAGGCAAGACUUCUUCUUCAGGAAGAUCUGGCCCAGCUAGGAGUUCAGUGGGAUCCAACCACACUACCUCCUGCGGAAAAGACUGUCAGCAAGCUCAACGACCAUCACAGCAGCCAGUCGGAUGACAACAAGGAGGGAGACGAAGUCAGGCUCAUGAAGAGCGAGAAUAAAGUUAAGAAGUCAGACAAAGCAGAGACAGUAGUUGGACAAACAGGUAAUCAACCAACAGUAGAGAGAGGUAACAUAACAAGGACCAAAGAAAUAAACAUAAAAAAGCCAACUGCUAUAGAAAAUUCAGCUGAAGUAAGACAAAAUCACAAAAAUUCAGAGGAGGAAGGAGGUCAGAAAGGAGCGAGCAGAGACUCGGUCAAAGCAAAACAGUCCGUUCGUGAAAGAAGCCUGACACAAGAAUUGGAUGAGAUUGUCUCCACGUCACCCAAGCUGCUGCCGCAGCCUCAGCCCUCGCCCUCUCCAAUGCCCCCUCCUCGCUUCAGAGCCCCGACGUCACGGGUGGAAGGACAACAUGGUCCCGCAAGGACGUCGGAAGGGGAAGGCACCACCGUACGCGCCCUAAGCAGAGUCCUCCACUCCCUUCAAAGUGACAAACGCCUACAAGAUCACGCAGGUACGGCGCAGGCAUCCUGUCCGGCUGCAGCCUACAGCUCAGCACCUGACCCCGGACCCCAGAGGGAGAGAACGGUUCCCCCGUUCUCCCCCGAUGCCAAGCGAAGACGGAUGGAGAGCGCGGAGUUGGACAAGUUCUCGUCCCCUGAGCUGUACGCGGGAGAAGAGAGAGACGACGGAGCUCAGGGAGCUGUUGACGGAGAGGAGAGUUUCGGCGACAGCUUUGAGUUAGACACUCAAACAGAAAGAAUCAUUCUUCAGCAGACAAAGCAGGAUGGAAUAGGGAACGAUAGGGACACAAAUCGGAUGGUCGAAACGGAAAGAACGCGAGAAGAGGAACUAGUAGAAGCAGGCAUAGUGACAAGGGAAGUCACGCCCGACGCCGCAUGUCCUAGAUUCAACAUUUCUCUCACUGAUAGUCAGAUGGAGCUUAUCCUUAACAGCAGCCACCAGAUUUCCCCUGGUCCUGAAAAGGAAAAAAAUGAAGACGGCGGUAAUGAGAACGAAGCCCCCGAAGUCGAUCCAGUUGCUUCCGAGAGCAUGAACAGAAGCAGUAGCUUCCUGUUUGACAGCCUGUAUGACAGCUCUGUGCCGGCCGCUCUGAGCCCACACCAGGUCCCUGAUCAGUCCGAUGAGGAGGAAUCUGCAGGCCAGGGUGUCCGAGACAAGUGUCCUCUUCCAUCGCCCCGGCAGCAGCUGCGCAGCGAGCUUCUGGCCAACCAAGAGGCGGAAAAACGGGAGGCGAUCCAGUGGGGCGAGUCGUCCUUCAACCUGUCGGAGUGGGGCGACUCCCUGCUGGUGAGAGAAGAUUUCGUCGAGAGGCGGAGCUUCCCGAGACAAACGGAGAGAUCGCAGCCAGUACAAAGCGACAAAACUGAGGAUAGUCCUGAGGAUGGUAUGAAUAGAGAGCUGGUGCCUGGAGGUACAGUCCGCUGCAGCCCUGGUUUACAGGAGAUCUUUGAUCGCUGGCCUAGUAUGUCAGAGCAGCCCUGGCAAAACCCUACAGCCGUGACACACCACCAGGCUGCAGACACAGCGGACGCUCUGGAUCCGCGUCAGCCCACCGUGCACACGGGAAGAAAGCCCGACGUGCAGCGCGCCGCAGCCGAGAGAGGCGCCCGCCCCUUAGACCCCCCCCCGCCGCACGCCGAGGAGGCCCCCGACGGACCAGGCCCCGCUGGCGACCUCGUCCCGCCCACCCAGGAGCUGCCGCCCGUCACGCCACGCGUCAGACUGACCACCUCGUCCGUGCAGUCGCCCCUGACGGAGCAGCCGCUGGACCGGUCCACGCCCGCCGGCCCCCGCCCCCCGCCCCCGGCAGCCCCAGAGGGCCCCGGCCCUCGAGCAGGUCGCCGCGACCGUUUACCCAAAGCUGCUUCUGACAAUGAACCGCCAACGUCUGGAUGCGGUCACAAAUGUCCACCGCAACCUGAUCCACGCGCCGACCUGAACCAAAGCCCCCCCCGAGGCCGCGACAGCCCGCCGUCCGACACGGAGUCGCCCGUGGACGAAGGCUUCUCCCUCCAGUUGUCCCAGGACGCGUCGCUCUCUCCCAGCCGCCCCGGGACCUUCUCCAUCAUAGACGUGGCGAGUGACAGGUGCCUGUUUGACACGUUCAUCGGGGAGUGGAAGACAAAGGAGCGCUACUCUCUGGCUCUGGCCUGUGAACGGAGGGAGCGGCGGCCUCGGGACGAAAUCGGAGCGAAACACAGGAGAGCGUCAGCAGCUCCUCAAAGCGGGGCCGAUGGGUUUCCGGUCAAAGACAGUGACGGACUGGUAAUAAUUGGGCUGUCCGUCUGCUGGGGGGCGAGAGAUGCAUACUACAUAUCUCUGCAGAAAGAGCAGAGUAAAGGUUUGAGCUCCAGCUUGGCCCCUCCUCCACUUGACCACGAGUUGCCAGUGAGUGAGAGGCUGGAGCGGGUGAAGUCCCGUCUGAGCAGCCCGUCAGCUGUGGUCGUCACCUAUGACAUCAUCCACGUGUACAAGACUCUGGUCCUCAGCUGUGGCGUCAGCUUGGAGGGCAAGUGUGAAGACCCCAAGGUGGCGUGCUGGCUGGUGGAUCCUGGCAGCGAGGAGAGGACCCUGCCCAACAUGGUGACCGUCUACUGCCCCGACGAGCUGCCCCUGCUGGACGGCCUGGGGAACGCGCUCGCGCACUGCCCCCGCGUCCGAGCCGCCACCGAGAGCGUGCUCGCGCUCGCAGUCACGGACCGCCUCAUCGAGCUGCUGGAAAAGGACGGCAUGACGGAUGUGUUCAGGGACACGGAGAUGCCCUCCCAGGUCUGCCUGGCGCUGUUGGAGUUAAAUGGGGUCGGCUUCAGCGUUGAGGAGUGCGAGAGGCAGAAGCACGUGAUGCAGGCUAAACUCGCCGCGCUGGAAGCUCAGGCUUACGACCUGGCCGGACACAGCUUCUCCCUCACCAGCGUCGAUGACGUAGCGCAGGUGUUGUUCUUCGAGCUCCAUUUGCCUCCAAACGGUGACGUGGGCGGGUCAAAAGCAAAGAAGACUCUGGGCUCCACCCGGAGACAAGGUAGCAGAGUACGUCUCGGGAAGCAGUUCAGCACCACAAAGGAUGUUCUGGAGAAGCUUUGCCCCCUGCAUCCGUUGCCAGGCGUGAUUCUGGAGUGGAGACGGAUCACCAACGCCUUAACUAAAGUGGUGUUCCCCCUGCAGAGAGAGAAAAGAUACAGCCCUACACUGGCAAUGGACAGAAUAUACCCCGUUGCCCAAACACACACAGCCACAGGUAGAGUGAGCUUCACUGAGCCCAACAUACAGAACGUCCCUAAAGACUUCCAGAUCUACAUGGCCACAGUGGUGGGGGAGAGCCCGCCUUCACAAAAGGGCAACAAAACCACCAAACCAGGAAAGAAGAAGCGCUCCGUGGUGCCUUCAGCUGCAGUCGGCGCAGCAGAACAAGGCCCGGCUUUUUCCGUCAGCAUGAGACACGCAUUUAUCUCUUUUUCAGGCGGAAUGAUACUGGCGGCCGAUUACUCCCAGCUGGAGCUAAGAAUACUGGCUCACCUCUCCAAGGAUCAGCGGCUUCUACAGGUGCUGAACGGAGGAGCAGACGUGUUCCGCUGCAUCGCUGCAGAGUGGAAAGGUGUCGACCCAGAGAGCGUGAAAGAUGACCUCAGACAACAAGCUAAACAGAUUUGCUAUGGGAUUAUAUAUGGGAUGGGCGCCAAGAGCCUGGGAGAGCAAAUGGGAGUGGAAGAAAAUGAUGCUGCCUGCUACAUUGAAAGCUUUAAGGCCAGAUACAAAGGGAUUAAUGCUUUUCUUAAAGAGACAGUAAAGAACUGUAUUAAGAACAGCUAUGUUCAGACUCUGAUGGGUCGUAGGCGAUACCUGCCUGGGAUCACUAACAGCAAUCCACACAUCAAAGCUCAUGCUGAGCGUCAGGCUGUGAACACAACUGUGCAGGGCUCAGCGGCCGACAUUGUUAAACGCGCCACAGUGAACAUCCAGAGGCGACUGCAGCAAACCUAUCCUGCAGCUCCACUGUCGCACCAGCACACACGCUCAGUCAACAGUCGGCGCAGGGCCGGGGCAUCUCAACUGGGAGGAGCUUACUUUAUCCUGCAGCUCCACGAUGAGCUCAUCUAUGAAACCACAGAACAAGACCUCAUACAGGUUGCACAGAUAGUGAAGAGGGAGAUGGAGUCAGCAGUCAAACUGUACGUGAAACUGAAGGCCAAAGUCAAGGUUGGACCCAGCUGGGGAGACCUGCAGGACCUAGACCUGUGACAUCACUGCACCAUAUACCUUCAUACAGGCAACAGUUUUAAUCUCUACACUGACAAUAAUGAACUACACUAGAAAUCCAUGAACUCUUAAAGUAAAAUCAAUCAUGAAUUGUAUUGUUAUUUUUUUCCACAUCAAAUACUAAACUUGUGUAUAUCGUAUAACAAAAUUAAUAUUUUUAUUGAAAUAGUAAUAUUUGUCAUACAGCUUUAUUUAUAAUGAUUAAGAAUAUUUAAAUAAUAAAACUGUCUCU